AUGAAUGCGUUACAGCGCAUUUUUGGUGGCUCAGAAGUACCAGAGAAUGAGCAUGUUCCCUAUCUUGUCUCCUUGCAGUACCAAACGAGGAGGGGAAUCAUACAUAACUGUGGUGGAUCCAUUAUAGCUCCCAACCGCAUACUGACUGCCGCUCACUGCUGCAAAGAUAUGAAUGUGACGCUCAUGACCGUACUGGCGGGAGUGCGAAACCUCGACGAUCACACAGGUUUUCGAUCUAAAGUCGUGACCUGUAGCAUCCAUCCUGACUACAAAUCAUUAGUCACCAGCGACUUGGCAGUGCUCAGCAUCGAUCCUCCACUUCAUUACAACAAUCUCACAAUUGCACCGAUAUCGGUGAAUGGGAAAGAGUUCGUGCCCGGAAAUGUGUCUGUCACAAUAACCGGCUGGGGUCUACGCUUUCCAAUAUCCAUUUCAUUCUUGGAAUUCUUCAUGUACCCCAAAAUUCUACAGCGGGUGAACUAUAGCACCAUUACAAAUAAACAGUGUCGGGACUGGGGUAUGGAUAAGGUGACUGACACAGAAAUUUGCGUGCGGGGACUCUUGAAAGGAGCGUGUGCGGGUGAUUCUGGUGGACCACUGGUCAUGACAACUAGUAAGGGGUUAUUGCAAGUUGGGAUUGCUGCUUAUGCUCCAAGGAUAUGUGGCUUGUUCCUCAUACCCGAUGUCUACACUAGACUCUACACCUUCAGAGACUGGAUACAGAAGCAAAUCAAUCAGUGAAAAUAUUGAAAAUAAAAUAUAUAAUUAUGUUUCCAAUCAAUUCCUCUUAAUUCUUCCAUAUCUUGGCUAAUAAAUUCUCCAUAUUUCCAUUAAAUGUUUGCGA